CAUAUGGAUCGAAGACUUACAACAGUGACGACAGUCGCGUGUGGCCGGAGGGAGUUCAUAGUUGGAGCUUGGAGAGAUGAAAUCUGCUCAUGAAAUCACAGCUCCUCUUCUUCCCCGGAAUCAAAGCCACCGAUCUCAUGCCUCGGACGAACUCUCCGGCGCCGAGAACUCUCCCAUCGAGCAAGUAGCUCUAACCGUUCCGAUCACCGACGACCGAACCCUCCCAGUAGUCACCUUCCGCAUGUGGACUCUAGGAACCCUAGCCUGCGCACUCCUCUCCUUCCUCAACCAGUUCUUCUGGUACCGCAGGGAACCUCUGUCCAUCACAUCCAUCUCCGCACAGAUUGCCGUGGUCCCACUCGGCCACCUCAUGGCGACGGUGAUCACCAAUCGAGUGUUCUUCAAGGGCAAAAGGUGGGAGUUCACUCUGAAUCCAGGGCCCUUCAACAUCAAAGAGCACGUUCUGAUCACCAUCUUUGCCAACUCCGGUGCCGGCAACGUUUACGCGAUUCACAUCGUUAGCGCCGUUAAAAUAUUCUACAAGCAGAAUCUAACCUUCUUUGUGUCGUUACUGGUGGUUAUAACGACGCAGGUGUUAGGAUUUGGAUGGGCCGGGAUUUUCCGGCGUUAUUUGGUGGAGCCGGCAGCCAUGUGGUGGCCGCAGAAUCUGGUACAAGUUUCGCUGUUCAGGGCAUUGCAUGAAAGAGAGAAGAGAAUUAAAGGUGGAUUAACGCGGAACCAGUUCUUCCUCAUUGCCUUCAUUUGCAGCUUUGCUUACUAUAUCUUUCCAGGCUACCUCUUCCCCAUGUUGACCUCCCUCUCCUGGAUAUGCUGGAUUUUCCCUACUUCCGUCUUAGCUCAACAGCUAGGUUCUGGACUUCAUGGUCUUGGCAUUGGUGCUAUUGGGUUUGAUUGGUCCAGCAUAUCCUCUUACCUUGGUAGCCCACUUGCUAGCCCAUGGUUUGCCACUGCCAAUAUUGCUCUUGGAUUUGCUCUUAUCAUGUAUGUCAUCACCCCAGUUGCUUACUGGUUCAAUAUCUACAAAGCCAAGGCCUUCCCCAUAUUCUCUGAUGACCUGUUCAUAGCUACUGGUCAAAGAUACAACAUCUCAGCCAUUAUAGACUCAAAAUUCCAUGUUGACAUUCAAGCAUAUGAGCGUCAGGGUCCUCUCUAUCUCAGCACCUUUUUUGCUAUGUCGUAUGGUGUUGGUUUUGCUUGUCUCACUGCUACUGUCGUUCAUGUCUUCCUCUUCCAUGGAAAAGAAAUAUGGCAACUAAGCAAGUCUGCAUUCCAAGAGAACAAGAUGGAUGUCCACACAAAGCUCAUGAGAAAAUACAAGCAAGUCCCUGAGUGGUGGUUCAUGUGCAUCCUUUUCGUAAACAUUGGGGCAACCAUAUUUACUUGCGAGUAUUACAAUAAUCAACUCCAAUUGCCAUGGUGGGGCAUAUUGCUAGCAUGUGGCCUUGCUAUAUUUUUCACUCUUCCUGUUGGAAUCAUUACUGCAACAACAAAUCAGACACCUGCUUUAAAUGUGAUCACAGAGUAUAUCAUCGGGUACAUUUAUCCAGGAUUUCCUGUCGCCAACAUAUGUUUUAAAGUUUAUGGGUACAUAAGCAUGAAACAGGGGAUCGCCUUCCUGCAAGAUUUCAAGCUUGGACAUUACAUGAAGAUUCCUCCUCGAACAAUGUUCAUGGCACAGAUAGUCGGUACCAUAAUAGCAGCAUUAGUUCAUUUGGGAACAGCGUGGUGGCUUAUGGAAACCGUCCCAGACAUAUGCGACAGGGCACUGCUGCCAGCAGGCAGCCCAUGGACUUGCCCUGGAGACCAUGUAUUCUAUGAUGCCUCUGUGAUCUGGGGUCUGAUUGGGCCCCGUAGAAUUUUCGGAGAUCUAGGCCACUACUCUGCCAUCAACUGGUUUUUCUUAGGUGGGGCUAUUGCUCCUCUCCUAGUUUGGCUUGCAUACAAGGCUUUCCCAAACCAGCACUGGAUCAGACUUAUUACCAUGCCCGUGCUCUUAGGUGCAACAGUUAACAUGCCUCCAGCCACUGCUGUCAACUAUACGAGCUGGAUUAUCAUUGGAUUUUUCUCGGGCUUUAUCGCUUACAGGUACUACAGAAAUUGGUGGAGUCGCCACAACUAUGUACUCUCUGGGGCGCUUGAUGCCGGGUUAGCCUUCAUGGGGGUGCUUCUGUACUUGUGCAUAGGGAUGGAGCAUGAUAGCCUGAGCUGGUGGGGAAGCGAUCCGGAUGGAUGCCCCCUGGCUUCUUGCCCAACAGCUCAAGGUGUUUUUGUUAAAGGCUGCCCAGUUUUCUGAUUGAGGCUUGUAGUAGUGAGUUGUUCAUAUUAUUAGGAGGCUGAAAUUUGGGGUUCAUGAUUCUUCUUCAUUGAGUGUGAAUAUAUAAAUUAGUUCAUAAUGAUUUUAUCCAAAUUUGAGAUUGAUUAGUAA